GAAACCCUUCAAAAGCUUCGUGUUUGGCUCCUGGGUACUCACAAAGCUGACGAGCGCUACGACGAUUCUGUUCGCAAAAGACUAAGCAGUACUUGCAAUUGGAUUCUUGAACGACCGGAAUUUACGAGCUGGCGAUCGGAGUCACCUUCAUCUCCAAAGAUGUUGUGGAUACACGGACCCCCGGGCUUUGGCAAAACGAUUCUUUGCGCUCGGGUGAUCGAACAUAUCAAGAUUGAACAGCAAGAGCCUGUCGCUUAUUACUUCUUCUCGUCUGAUCUCGAAAGCCAUAAAGAUCCCAUUGUAGCCAUGCGGUCGUGGAUUUACCACAUCGCAUUGGCCAGCGACUCGGUAAUCGAUAUCGUUAACAAAAAAUGGAGUCACGGCGUGGCAGCUUCGCAAAGGGUCAUCAUCGAACUGUUCCGAGAGGCGAUCAAGUUGGUAUCGAAUUAUACACUUGUCGUCGAUGGCUUGGACGAGUGUGCCCCAGGCGGCUCUUGCUUGUCCAUGUCGGAAUUUGUUGCUGAGGUCAACGAGGCAGUGCAUGGUACAAAUGCCAGGAUCCUUGUGAUGAGUAGACAUGAAUCUCGCAUUCACCGAGCUUUGAUGGAAGCCAAAAACGCGGGACUUUACCAGUACGAGGUGCGCGAAAGUGACGUUCGCUCAGAUAUAGAGGCAUUAUCGAAGCAUAUCGUGGCAAAGAAGCUGUCCGACGAAGAGACAUCUAUCCAAGCUGACAUGGCUAAAAAGAUGAGCGAUCGCAGUAAAGGUCAGUUUCUGUGGCUCAGGCUGCAAGAGGACUCUCUCAUCAGGGGACUGAGCCAGGUGCAGCUCCAGAACGCUGUUGACGAGACACCUGCUGAUCUCUCGAGUCUUUAUGCCCGUAGUUGGGCAAAAAUCUAUGAGCUCCCAGAAAAUGAAAAGACCCGGGCAAUUUCACUCUUAAGAUUGGCCGCUUUUUCUCUUCGUCCUCUAACAGUUCGCGAAAUAUCUGAAGCUGUACUCGCGAGAGACGAGUAUGAGGACUUCCCGGUCCGCGAGCUGCCCGACCAGUGGGACACCAAAUAUGUCAAACACAGAAUAUUGGAUCUUUGUAAUUCGCUUUUGGAGACCCGAAUGCAAAAUGCGGAGUCAACAGUGGGGGAAUGGACAAUUCAUCUUAUACACUUCUCCGCCAAAGAAUUCUUGCUAGGCCAUAUAUCAUACCAAGAUACCGUUCGAGGGAAUAUUCGGUUGAUGCUUGCGGCGGAGCAUACCAUUCUAACCAAGCUGUGCAUCAGGUACAUGAACCAUUCUCAUGUUUGGCAAGGCUCCACCGGCCGGGAUGAGCCGCAGUCCCUGGGUUCCUUUACAAACUAUGCAAUGAGCUUUUGGUAUAAGCAUGCGGUGGCUGGGGCAGCUCAACAGACCAAAUUAAUGGAAAUAGAGAAUUUUUUCAAUGAGAACAACCCCUCAUGGAUCAUGUGGAGAAAAUGGUUCGACUCAACUCAUAUCGGUUGGAAGAAUGACCAGAGCGAGCCGGCCAUUCCCUUGUGUUAUGCAAUAGAGCUUGGCUUUGUUGACUUAGCCACGGCGAUGAUCAAGCAAGGGAAAGUACGUGUGAAUUGUCACUCAAGCAAUCGCACGGCUCUAGGAAAAGACCUUAAUGCUGUGACUCGGAAUGAACAACAUAGCAUAUUGCUUGUGGCAUGUUUCGAGGGCAAAACCGAUAUUGUGAAGUUGCUCAUCCACCGUGGUGCGGACCUGACACAGCGGGAUAGUUACGGACAAACGCCUCUCUUUGCGGCAAGCUGUAAUGGCUUUUUUGAUAUUGUGAAGCUGCUUCUCGACCAUGGGGCCAAUGACAUGGUGGCUGCCCAAGACAAUGGGAAGAUGCCGCUUUAUGCAGCAAGCUGCAAUGGCUUUGUUGAUAUCGCCGAACUGCUUCUCAAACAUGGUGCUGACCAUACGAUGACCGCAAAAAACGGGCAGACACCACUCUAUGCAGCAUGUGGCAAUGGACACAUCGAAGUGGCUAAGCUUCUGAUCAACAGCGGCGCCAAUGUACUGACAACAGAAGAGGGAAGAACACCACUAUCUGCAGCAUGUUCCAAUGGCCACUUGAACGUGGCCAGGCUCCUAAUCGACAAGGGCGCCAAUAUUAUGCUCCCUGAUAAAAUGGGCAGCACACCACUUUAUGCGGCAGCCUUUCGGGGGUCGUUUGAGAUCGUUGAGAUGCUCAUUGAAAUGGGCGCUGACGUUUCCACCGCUCGGUUAGAUGGCUACACCGCUCUCCACGUAGCUUCGGUCAAUGGUUAUGCUGACAUAGUUGAGCUGCUGAUAAAAAAAGGAGCGAACGUGAUGGCAUCUAAUAAGGAUGGAGAGACUCCGCUUUUGAACGCAGCUGCCAAUGGCCACCUAAAGGUUGUAUCGUUGCUGUUGGAUAACGGUGCAAGACUUACAGAGAUUAAUCAGAACCGUCAAACAUCCCUCUAUGUAGCAUGUUGCAACGGCCAUGUAGAGGUGGCCAAGUUGCUGCUCGAGAAAGGCGCUGACAUCACGGCAACGGAGGAAAAAGAACAAACGCCACUAUUCGCAGCGUGUUCAAAUGGCCAUCUGGAACUGGUACAACUACUAGUGGAAGAGGGCGCUGACCUUCAUGCUCUAAACAUUGAUGGCGUGGGCAUGGCAUAUACGGCAGCCUGCAAUGGCCAACUUGAGGUUCUCCAGCUGCUUCUUUCACUGGGUGUCGACAUUAUUACCAAAAGCAAGGCAGGGUGGUUACCUAUCCAUAUAGCUUCAGCGAGCGGCCAUGCCAAAAUUGUUGAUCUUUUGAUUGAGAAUGGCGCCGAUAUCAUGGUGGGCAACGGGGAUGGUAACACUCCACUCAUAUUAGCAACCUUCAAGCACUAUGUUGAGGUUGUUAAUGUUCUUCUCAAGCAUGGGGUAGACGUUGAUGCACAAGAUUCUUUAAAGCAGACGUCACUUUUCUUGGCGAGCUGUGGAAGCGACAUCGAGAUGUCUAGGCUUCUGGUUGAGAACUGCGCCAAUGUCUCGAUCCCGAAUAAUAAGGGACAAACUCCACUCCUUCUCGCAUCUUACAGUGGGAAUCUCGAGAUUAUUAAACUACUCCUAGAGAAUGGAGCGGAUAUGAGGCCAGAUGAAAUGGGACACACACCGGCCUACGCAGCAUCCUACAAUGGGCACGUCAAUGCGCUUCGGCUCUUAAUCAAAUGGGGGGCUGAUGUCACUAUUCAAAAUAAAAGGGGACUCGCACCCAUUCAUAUAGCGUGCCGAUUUGGCCAUAUCAAGGUGGUAAAGCUGUUGCUCAAGAAGGGUCUGGAUGUCAACUCAGCUGACAACGAUGGCAUCUCGCUGUUACAUUCCGCAUCCUUGAAUGGCCACGUACAUACGGCUCGAUAUUUAGUUGAAAAUGGAGUGAGUGUGAACACAACAGUCAACCACGCUACACCUCUUUUCUCCGCAUGUCUUCAUGGUCACAAAGAGGUGGUUAAAAUUCUUCUCCAGUAUGAUGCAGAUAAAAGCAUUACGGAUCAAUAUGGAAUAACACCGGCCAAAGCCGCCGUUAGAAACGGCCAUAUCGAGAUAGUCGGGCUCCUCAAUGCCCAUAAGAUCCAAGGUUAUGAAGAUCGUGGCUUUCCAGCUAUUCCUAAUGCGCCUGGAGAAAGGUUAUAUGGAGGAAGACGCGCGGGAAUAGAAAGGCUGGCACCUGUUGAUGGACGUCGUAUGGGCAUGUAUAUAAGCUGCUAG